AUGUCGAGGGUCGGCAGUUUGGGAUACCUCGUCCUCGCCGCCCUGUUUUUGUCCCUAUUUCUUUUAAGUGAUAAUGCAUCUAUCCCUCCAUUUUUUCUGAAGAUUCACUGCGAUUAUCUAUCACCGUUUGAAUGUUUUUAUUAUUGUAGUUUAACAUCUUCUCGAUAUUUUCACUUCCUAGUCUCACUUCGUUUCAGCCAAACUUUCAUUAAUCAGUUUCUUCUUUUAUUUGUCAAAACCGUGAUGUCAGAUUAAAUUUUCCUUCUCCCCUAAUCGUUGAGAAGUUAAGCGGCUCAGGCUGUCUUUCUGGAUAUGAACUUGAAAUACCGAAGAAGAGUUUCUUAUUUUCUAGUACUUUAUUUCUAUGAUUCUUCUCUUCACAUAACAGAUGCGAAAGGCAGUGAACUAGAAGAUGGAUUAAAAGCAAACUUUUGGGCACGUAAGAUGUUGGCAAAUGUUAGAGAUCGCAAGCUCAACAUCAUCCUUUGCGUCAGACUGAAGUGCCAAGGUGGAGUAAGAUGCUACUGCUGCGGUACUAGAAAAGGCAGAUGUGAGCACACCAGGGAAGAUUGUGAUAAAAUAUGCAAGCAUACUCGUGGGAGAGAAAUGAAUCCUAUGCUAUCUCCAUCAAUGGAUAAACCUUGAACAAUACUUUAUAUAAGCGUUAUCUUCUUGAGCCAUUCAAGAAGUAGCAUGCAUGUUUUACCUCCUCCAUCAAAGAUUCGGUAAAAUGUCAACAUGACUUUUUGAUUCGGGAUCUGGUCCGUCGGCCAAUCUUGUCGAUUCACACUAACAACCAGAAGAGGAAUAGUACUUGCAGAAAAUGUCCAACGAGCUUGGCUUUACCAGGCACUUCAGAGUUCGUGUAAGAGUGUUUAAUUGAGAUUGCCAAGGUCUAAUGGUGAUAAUGGUUAGAAGCUUCAUUAGCCCCAAAUGCCCGAGGAUACUUUCAAAACUGAACAAGAAAAAAAGAUUGCAGUGAAAGAAAGAUCCUCAGAAUAUCCCUGUUUCUUGGCGGAGGCCUUAAAAAUGGGUUUCCUUGUUCGUCUCCCGGAGAUCUGGGUAAUCGUCAGAAUAUUUUGGACCACUAUUUCUAUAUCUCAACCCUUGCACUCUCUCGGCUUCCUUCUUCUCUGA